AUGACUUCGGCAACUUCACCUAUCAUUUUAAAAUGGGACCCCAAAAGUUUGGAAAUCCGGACGCUAACAGUGGAAAGGCUGUUGGAGCCACUUGUUACACAGGUGACGACACUUGUUAACACAAGCAACAAAGGCCCAUCUGGUAAAAAGAAAGGGAGGUCAAAGAAAGCCCAUGUACUGGCUGCAUCUGUCGAGCAAGCCACUCAGAACUUCCUGGAAAAGGGUGAACAGAUCGCUAAAGAGAGUCAAGAUCUCAAAGAAGAGUUGGUGGCCGCUGUAGAGGAUGUGCGCAGACAAGGUGAGACCAUGCGGAUCGCCUCCUCUGAGUUUGCUGACGAUCCAUGCUCAUCUGUGAAGCGAGGCACCAUGGUGCGGGCGGCACGCGCUUUGCUUUCGGCUGUAACACGCUUACUCAUCCUGGCGGACAUGGCGGAUGUCAUGAGACUUUUAUCUCAUCUGAAAAUUGUGGAGGAGGCCCUGGAAGCUGUCAAAAAUGCUACAAAUGAGCAAGACCUUGCCAACCGCUUUAAAGAGUUUGGAAAAGAGAUGGUGAAACUUAACUAUGUAGCAGCAAGAAGACAACAGGAGCUGAAGGACCCCCACUGUCGGGAUGAGAUGGCAGCUGCCCGAGGGGCUCUGAAGAAGAACGCUACAAUGCUAUACACGGCCUCCCAAGCAUUUCUCCGCCACCCAGAUGUUGCCGCCACUCGAGCCAAUCGGGAUUAUGUGUUUAAGCAAGUCCAGGAGGCCAUUGCUGGCAUCUCUAAUGCUGCUCAAGCUACCUCGCCCACUGAUGAAGCCAAAGGCCACACGGGCAUCGGCGAGCUGGCUGCGGCUCUGAAUGAGUUUGACAAUAAAAUCAUCCUGGAUCCCAUGACGUUCAGCGAGGCCAGGUUCCGGCCGUCGCUGGAGGAGCGUCUGGAGAGCAUCAUCAGCGGCGCGGCGCUCAUGGCCGACUCCUCGUGCACGCGCGACGACCGGCGCGAGAGGAUCGUGGCCGAGUGCAACGCCGUGCGCCAGGCGCUGCAGGACCUGCUCAGCGAGUACAUGAAUAACGGUUUUCUCUUCUGCAGGUAUGGUACUUGGGUGUCAGAGAGUACAGAGACUGGAAGGAAAGAAAAAGGAGAUCCUCUAAACAUUGCAAUUGAUAAGAUGACCAAGAAAACAAGAGAUCUAAGGAGACAGCUUCGGAAAGCAGUGAUGGAUCACAUAUCCGAUUCUUUCUUGGAAACUAAUGUCCCUUUGCUAGUACUCAUUGAGGCUGCAAAGAGCGGGAACGAGAAGGAAGUGAAAGAAUAUGCCCAGGUUUUUCGUGAACAUGCCAACAAGCUGGUGGAGGUUGCAAAUUUGGCCUGUUCCAUCUCCAACAAUGAGGAAGGGGUGAAAUUAGUCCGGAUGGCAGCCACCCAGAUUGACAGCCUGUGUCCCCAGGUCAUCAAUGCUGCUCUCACACUGGCUGCCCGGCCACAGAGCAAAGUUGCUCAGGACAACAUGGACGUCUUCAAAGACCAGUGGGAGAAGCAGGUCCGAGUGCUGACAGAGGCUGUGGAUGACAUCACCUCAGUGGAUGACUUCCUUUCUGUCUCAGAAAAUCACAUCUUGGAGGAUGUGAACAAGUGUGUGAUAGCUCUCCAAGAGGGGGAUGUGGACACUUUGGACCGGACUGCAGGGGCCAUCAGGGGCCGGGCAGCUCGAGUCAUACACAUCAUCAAUGCUGAGAUGGAGAACUAUGAAGCUGGGGUUUAUACCGAGAAGGUGCUGGAAGCUACGAAAUUGCUUUCUGAGACAGUGAUGCCACGCUUUGCUGAACAAGUAGAGGUUGCCAUUGAAGCCCUGAGUGCCAACGUCCCCCAACCAUUUGAGGAGAAUGAGUUUAUCGAUGCCUCUCGCCUGGUAUAUGACGGUGUUCGGGACAUCAGGAAGGCUGUGCUGAUGAUCAGGACCCCAGAAGAACUGGAGGAUGAUUCUGACUUUGAGCAGGAAGAUUACGACGUGCGUAGCCGAACAAGUGUUCAGACAGAGGACGACCAGCUCAUUGCAGGGCAGAGUGCACGGGCCAUCAUGGCUCAGCUACCGCAGGAGGAGAAGGCAAAAAUAGCUGAGCAGGUGGAGAUAUUCCACCAAGAGAAAAGCAAGCUGGAUGCUGAAGUGGCCAAGUGGGAUGACAGUGGCAAUGAUAUCAUUGUGCUGGCCAAGCAGAUGUGUAUGAUCAUGAUGGAAAUGACAGACUUCACAAGAGGCAAAGGCCCACUGAAAAAUACAUCUGAUGUGAUUAAUGCUGCCAAGAAAAUUGCUGAAGCAGGUUCUCGAAUGGACAAAUUAGCCCGUGCUGUGGCUGAUCAGUGUCCUGAUUCAGCAUGUAAGCAGGAUUUAUUAGCCUACCUUCAACGAAUUGCCUUGUAUUGCCAUCAGCUUAAUAUCUGCAGCAAGGUGAAGGCGGAAGUGCAGAAUCUGGGAGGAGAGCUCAUUGUGUCAGGGACAGGAGUUCAGAGCACUUUCACUACCUUUUAUGAGGUAGAUUGUGAUGUCAUAGAUGGGGGCAGGGCUAGUCAACUUUCUACCCACCUCCCAACCUGUGCUGAGGGAGCUCCGAUCGGGAGUGGAAGCAGUGAUUCCUCCAUGCUGGACAGUGCCACAUCGCUUAUACAGGCAGCUAAAAACCUGAUGAAUGCUGUUGUUCUCACGGUGAAAGCAUCUUAUGUGGCCUCAACCAAAUACCAGAAGGUCUAUGGGACAGCAGCUGUCAACUCCCCUGUUGUGUCUUGGAAGAUGAAGGCUCCAGAGAAGAAGCCUCUUGUGAAAAGAGAAAAACCUGAAGAAUUCCAGACACGAGUAAGACGAGGGUCUCAGAAGAAACACAUUUCACCUGUACAGGCUUUAAGUGAAUUCAAAGCCAUGGAUUCCUUCUAG